AUGAUCAAGUAUCAUUAAAAUUUAGAGGCUAAGCGAUCUAAAAUAAACUUGGAACCCAUAUAAAAUGAUCAAAUAAAAAAUGACGUCGGUUUAAAACUAAAAAGUGGUUCUCCCAAUACUAGAUAAAAUCUGUUUGCUCAUACCAAUCCAACUUCUAGUCAAAAUAAAAAUUCUGUGUAAAUGCAUGCAUAAAAUCUUGAGAAACCUAGUAUCUUACAUAAUAUCUUAGGUUCAUAGAGAUCAUAAAAAAGAAGUAUGCAAACUGAAUAAAUUAAGGGCGAGGGUGUUCAGCUCUAAGUCAAAGACAUACUAAUCAAUCUAGAUGGUGUAAGCUAAACUGAUAAAGGCAAUAAUAAAGAAAAAUCAGUGCUUCUCCCAAAUGUUAUAAACUAGGAUAGUGCUCAUGGAACAGCAAAUUUAGAAAAGUAACUGCAAUACGGUAACUUAAAAUUUGAACGAUAAUCUAAUUUAGCAUAAGGUAGUUCCAAUGAUGUUCAAAUGUCCUCAACACAGACAGAGUUUAACAAAAUGAGUAGCAAAAAAUAAAAAUCCAAGAGUAAGAAGCACUAAUUAAAUAUGAAUGAAUGGGAUAUCAGACAAAGAAAGAUUUAAGGUCAAUAUGAAUCAAGAAAUAAAAAUGUUACAGUACCAAGUUAGUCAACUAAUAACACUCAAAAUGUAAUGAACUAGCCAUUUGUGGAAAAAGUUGAAGAUUCAUCACUCUAUAAUACAUCAACUAAUUAUAACUUUAUUAAAAAAAGUAUUAGAGAAAACACUCCUCGGACUAGAGAUAUGCCGGAUGAUCAUAAGAAACCUGAAAGAGAUGUUUUAAAACUUGACAACUAAUUUGUAUUUACAACAGCUGACUGUGAUGUUGAAAUUAAAACUUAAGAGUUACUUAACAAUCGGGCUAUAAUUAAAAUGAGCAAAUAAAAUUUUGAACUUUAUAAGGAAAGAGUUUUAAAUUAGUCAAUUCAGGCAAAGCAGUAAAGAAAUAAGACAAAUGGGCACGACCAAAAAUCAUAAAAGAGUCCAAAUAAGGAUUUUGAAUAGCUACUUAUCCAUCUGAGAAGUUAUCAGUAAUCUAAAACUUAAGAUAUAUAAACAUAGAAUACCUCUCCAGUACCAAACCAAAAUAUGCAACUAUUUGAAUUUCUAAAGCAGGAAAUUCGUAAUUCACGAGAUGGUUAAAUAAAUUAGAAAGAUGUUGAGUAUUUAAAGAAGUAGUUAUUUCAUCAUAAAAGCAACAAGCAGAGGAUACUUAGUCUGACCAAAACAUAGGUCUAGGAUUGUUUAAAGAAUUAAGAUACAAUUGAUCAAUAGAUGGAAGAUUUUAUAAAUUAUUACAAAAGUAAGAGUCCUGAAAUCAAAUCAAGCAAUAAUAAAGAUGAAAUUUCAGACUUAAGCCCUAGUUAAAAAGAUCUACUUUAGAUAUUAAGUGCUCAGACUUCAAAACAAAAAAGUGGUACUGGUGAAGUGAUGAAUGAAAAAAAUCCAUUGAAUAAACACAAGCAUGUCUAUGAAUUCUUGAAAAAUGCAAUCUAAAAAUUUGAUCCAAUGAUGAUGAAUCGAGUUUCUUAAUUCAAUACAGAAGAUAUUGAAACCAACAAGACGCAACUAUUUAGCCAUCUUUCAAAUGCAUUCUAAAUAUAGUCUUAUGAUUCACAGAAUAGUAGUUCCAAUAAUAUGAUACCUAAAAGCAUUCAAAAUAAAAUAAAAGAGAGAAGCAAUGAUUCAAAUAACAUUUCAGGUACUGGAUAACCCUAAUAACAGCAAAUUGGUAUCGGCAUGCAUAAUAGCCCACAUCCAAAUAAUUUAAUAUCAAAUCAAAAAUUUAAGUGGAUAAAUACCAGCAAAUAUCGUAGAUUUAAGCACAAUUAGCGUAAUACAGAUGAAGCAUCAGAUAUUAUGCAAUAAAGUUAUAAAAAUUUGGAACUUUCAGUAAAUAACGCAAUUCUUUAUAAGGGAGAUUAAAAGUUUCUAGUAACUGCAACUAAAAAUUUUAGCUAGUAACAAUAAGAUUCAAGAAAUAAAAAUGAUCACAGCAUCUAAAAAAAGAACAGAGAUGAUCAUUUUUCUUAAUCAGUACCUUAAUAGCAACAGCACUUUUUAAUUAUGUCAGAAUAAUAGAGUAAAGAUCUUAUCUAUACAGCUACAGAUCAAUCAUUUGAAAAUGUUCUUAGUCUCAAUCAAACUCAAAAUAUAAAAUUUAGUAAAAUGAAUUCAACUCGUCUUAAUUAUGAGAAACAAUAAAGAUCCCCUCUGAAGCUAACAUAAGACAUAAAAAAGCAAUAAGAGUUAAUUUAGAUUAUCUAAGAAAUAAAACCUCCAAUUAAAAUAUUCCAUCAUGAGGAUAACAUGGUCUAGGAAAACAAAUUCAAUUAAAUGCUUAUCCUUACAAAUCAUUUGAUAAGACUAACAUAGAAACCAUAUUAACAGAACAAUCACCUGCAAAUUACCAAUUAAGAUCUAAGAAUUUUAAAGAGAUCUGGAAUACUAAUUCCAAAAAACUUAGAAAAUCAUAACUUUAUAAGAUCUAGAGAAUUUUGCCAGUAAGCUAGAGAGAAAGCCUUAUAGAUGCUGACAAAAUAAAUAUAGAUUGAUAAUGAAGUACCUGCUAAAACGACAUAAGAUGUGAAUUUUAGCACUUAGUACGCGAAAUUCUAUGUUGGCUUUGGGAAUAAUUUCCCAUUAGUAAGGUCAAUUUUGAAAAAUAGGUGGUGGAUGUCAAUGGCAGACAAAGCCAACUUUGAAGAAUGCUAACUGAUUUGGACUUCCUGGAGGAAAUAAAAGUUCGUCGAAUAGUUAAUAAAAAAUGAGGAAUAUCAGUAGCAGGAAACAAAACUACAUAUUAAAAGAAUAUAUGCUAGAAUGGAAGAUAAUUUUCAUUUAACAAAUAAAAAGGGGCUUCUCUUAAAUAUGAAGGAAUUUUACCGAGCAAAGGGUAAAUGCAUUUUUGAAAGUCAUGUAUUCCCUCACACAUAUCUUGUGAAAAGUAGUCAUGAUGACAGUGAAUACUUAAAACUUGUUAAAUAUGCAACGUAACGCCCUGAUAGCAUUUGGAUUAUCAAACCUGGUGAAAAUUCUAAUAGAGGAUGUGGUAUUUCAUUAUGUCAGGGUGUAGAUGGAAUCUAAAAAGAGAUAGAGACUUUGGACAACUCUAAUGGAAUGUAUAGCAGUUCAAGUAAUAAUAGUGGAAUAAAUAGAACUUUAAUCAUCUAAAGCUACAUAACAAAUCCAUUGUUAAUUAAUAAAAGGAAAUUUGACAUAAGGGUUUAUGGACUCCUUACUUGUGUCUAUGGCAAGCUAAAAGGCUACUUUUAUGAGGAUGGGUAUCUAAGAACAAGUUCGAAAGAAUUUUAACUUGGAAACUUCUCUAAUAAAUACAUUCAUCUCACAAAUGAUGCUAUUUAAAAGAAAGCUGAGGAUUAUGGUAAAUUUGAGAACGGAAAUAAGCUUUCUUAUGCUGAAUUUCAAAAGUAUCUUGAAUCCAAUGAAUUUCUCUCAUCUAGCUAAUUUUCUACAGUUAACUUUAUGCAAGACAUAUUGCCUUAAAUUAGACAUUUGGUGUCAGAGUCGUUUAGAAGCGUCGCUUAUUAAAGAAUAGAUCCGCAUAGAAGAGUAAAUAGUUUUGAGAUAUUUGGUUUCGACUUCAUGAUAGAUUAAAACUUUGGAGUUUAUAUGAUUGAGGCAAACACUAAUCCCUGUAUUGAAAUAAAUAACAAUCCAGUUUUAGCAAGGAUAAUACCAAACAUGCUUGACAAUGCAUUUAGAAUUGCAGUUGAUCCGUUAAUUCCUCCACCAGAUCUAAACUUCAAAAGAGGAUAAGAAUAUUUAUAAGAAAACAAAUUCUCACAAGUCUUUGACUAUGAAGAGGAAAAGUAUCUAAUAGAAGAACUUUACAACAAAUUAAGACUAAAAGAUAUCUAAGAGGGAAAGAUAGCUUUGAAUGAGGAAAACUAAAACAUUUAUAAGGAACUUUAUGAGGAAAGUUAGGAUGAGGACGAGGAUACAAUUGGGUAAUGA